UUCCUGCCUGGCAGAGCGCCUCCCGGGUCAAGCGCACGGGGCCGCAGCGCCGCUUGCUGGCUCGGAGGACCGACUCCCGCUGUGCACCGCUCGCUGCGCCUGCGUCUUUGUAAAUGGGCGAGUUGGUACUGUGGUUGGUGCUCCGCUAGGAGUCCCAGAAAGAGACCAGCGGAACUCCCAGAGGAGCGGCAAGUGGACGCUUGGAAUUCCUUGCUUAGAACUCACGGUCUCCUUUGUUAUUCGCCCUCUGGAAGAUUCUAGACUUGACUACAGCUCCUAGCCAAAAAACUCACAAAAGACUACAAAAGACCAUUCCGCCUCCUGGUCAGGUGACUUCGUUGCCUAGCAACAGGACGCCCUGCCGCAGUAGCCACAGACUUGACUGUCCUGGGCUAGUUUCCUGUGGGAGGCCAAAUGUCUGAAGAAAACCCCCAAGAGUGCGCCGAGCCGGUGGAGCCCAAGGCUAAGCCUGCCCCAGAGAAAACGAGCGACUACUACCGCAUUAGCGAGAAGCUCCCAGACAGGUUCAACAACCCGGGGUGGUUUCAUGGCUACAGUACCAAUGAAGCUGUUUCCAUGUACAGGACCAGUAACCAAACCUAUGGGAGCAGAGCUCCCACAGCGCAUGAGAUGCCGAAAGCAUAUUAUCCAUCUUCAAAUAAGUUUUCCACACAACACGCAGCUUUCGGAAUGUUCCGGAGACAUAAUAUGAAUGUCUGCCUGGAUAAGAGCCUAGUGACUGGGCCGGACAAUCACGUCACCCACUACGACCCCUUAAACUUUCACCCCAGUUACAAUGUCAACAGGCCAUCCAUCUGUGACUAAGGAAGCUGGCUGCCUGUCGUCGGGGCUGUCCUGACUCAGGGCUGCUGUAGGGAGCACGGAUGCCCCUGAUUCUGGACAAGUGCCCCAUUCUAAAGGCACGGAGCUCACUGCCUUCUCAGAAAACACUUUUCCUUUCCAGAGGAGAAAAUUAUGUAAAUAGGGCCAUAAUGUCUUGUGUUCUGCAUUUCACACAGGAAGGAUGCUGACAGAAUCUUUGUUUUAUUAAAAAGUUGCCACGGCUUCAA